UACGCUGAGCGGCCGCUGCGGUGGACCCCGACCGGCGCCGACCCUUGUCCGCUCUCUGGUCGACUCUUCGGACCCCGCAGCCCAGGCAGGAGGCCGCUCGGGGCGGGGUGUCGGCUCUGCGAGGCGGCCCCGCAACCCGGAAAGGCAGCGCAGCAGAGCCCGGAGCCGGAUCCUGCUCUCACCCGGCCCCCGCGGGCCGGCUCCGCGGGCAUGUCGGAGGUGCGGAAAGGGCCGGACGAGGCGGAUGAGAGCCGGUAUGAUUCGGGUAUCGAGUCUCUGCGCUCUUUGCGAUCCCUGCCCGAAUCCACCCCGGCCUCCGGGCCCUCCGACAGCGGCGGCCCCCAGCCCUGGACCCAGCCCGAGAGAAACGCCAAGGAGCCACAGGAGAAGGAAGACGCGGAUGGGGAGCGAGCUGACUCCACCUAUGGCUCCUCCUCACUCCUCGAGCCCCUGCCCUUGCUGGGGGACCCCGAGGCCGAAGACCCUGCCCCAGGUUCGCCGCUCCUCUCCGCGGGGUCGCUGAGCCCUCAGCAGCUGGAAGCACUCACAUACAUUUCUGAAGAAGGAGACACGCUGGUCCACCUGGCGGUAAUUCACGAGGCCCCAGCCGUGCUGCUCUGUUGCCUGGCUUUGCUGCCCCAGGAGGUCCUGGACAUUCAGAACAACCUUUACCAGACAGCGCUCCACCUGGCUGUACAUCUGGAUCAGCCAGGUGCCGUUCAGGCUCUGGUGCUAAAGGGGGCCAGUCGGGUGCUACAGGACCGGCACGGUGACACAGCCCUGCAUGUGGCCUGCCAGCGCCAGCACCUGGCCUGUGCCCGCUGGCUGCUGGAGGGGCGGCCGGAGCCAGGCAGAGGACUGCCUCACUCCCUGGACCUCCAGCUGCAAAACUGGCAAGGUCUGGCCUGCCUCCACAUCGCUACCCUGCAGAGGAACCGGCCUCUGAUGGAACUGCUGCUUCAGAACGGAGCUGACAUUGACGCACAGGAAGGCACCAGUGGGAAGACUGCGUUGCACCUGGCUGUGGAAACCCAGGAGCGGAGCCUGGUACAGUUCCUUCUCCAGGCCGGUGCCCGGGUGGAUGCCCGCAUGCUCAAUGGGUGCACCCCCCUGCACCUUGCAGCUGGCCGGGGCCUCAGCAGCAUCUCGUCUACCCUGUGCGAGGCAGGAGCUGACUCCCUGCUUCGAAAUGUGGAGGAUGAGACACCCCAGGACCUGGCUGAGGAUCCCUUUGCUCUUUUGCCCUUCGAUGACCUGAAGAUCUCAGGGAAGCCGCUUCUGUGUGCCGACUGAAGCCCAGGCAGGGUCUGGGGCCCUGGGGCGCCUCCUCUUCCCAUCUGAAAGCUGGUACCACAGCUGCUGCAGUUUGGGCCCAGGCAAUGUACCAUUCUGGUACUCUGGGGACUGCUGGGGCCACAGCCUGGGGCCAGCACAGGCCUUAGCUGAGAGGAGGGAUCAAAAGGUAGAGAGAGCCAGUCUGGAAGAAAGUUUCCUCAGUGAAUGGAGAUUCUCAGAAGACCCCCAGAGCCCAAGGUAUCCUGGGCGAAGCCUGUUUGCCCCUCUGGAAGAUGGCAGAGGCUCCUGUUUCUACCCACGUUGGGUCAGCCUGAAACUGCCAACCAGUGCAAAAACAUGGACUUUCCUGAGUGUGAGAGAGGCUGACAUAUGAGUAAGCAGGACCCUGAGGGGGUCCCAUCUUACUGCUGUUGAGGACUCUAAAAAGACUGUUGUUUAAAGACUUCAUGCAGAAGGCCCUGACUGAAAUGAAACUUUGGGAGGGGGGGUAGUUUCAGUAACAUGACACUAAAAUGGCAGACUUUUUUAAAACA